AUGUCCAGGUACAGGCCCAUUGCCCCCAAGCCCGAUACCCCAAACCCUAACUCCGCCGCCGACGGCGACCAGAAAUCCCCUUACCUGAGGACCGUGUGGGCCCACCUCCAGUCCCGCCCCACCCGCACCCGCAAGCGCGGCCGCGCCGCCGCCUUCUCCCCGGCCUCCGUCAAGCGCUCCCGCGCCUGCCUCGUCCAUCCGCUGGCCUACCACAAUCUCGCCGCGAAUCUGAAAUUCGUCCCUGUCGGCUGCUGCCUCGACUCGGCCGUGACCUUGCUGGCCGACUCCGUCGAGCUUCCCCUGCUCCGCCGUAAGGAGAAGGAGAUAGAUCUGAAUCUGACGGCGGCGGCGGAGGAGGAGGAGAGGGAUAUACCGGUCGGACCGGUCGUGGUCUCGCCCAAACCGAUCCGGCCGGUCGGUUCGAGCGUGGUGGUGGAGAGCAUCUCCGGGGAUCCACGGCGGUUCGCGGCGGCGAAGGGCGCGGACGCGGUGGAGGAGAUGGUGGAGGCGGAGCGGGCGCCUGCAAUCGUGUCGGACUCGAGGGACAGGGUGAGGAUGUGCAACGCAGCGUACAGGGAGCUGGUGGGGCAGCCGGAGUGCGGGUGGCUGGACUGCACCGGCGGCGGCGGCGCGUGUAGGAGGAUCGGCGGCGGGAUCUGGCUGCGGUUCGCGGGGUCUGAGGUGGAGAAGUGUGAGCAUGGGUUCAGUGGGCGGGUGAGGAUCGAGUGGGAGAGUGGUGAAGGGGUGAAGAACAAGUGCGUGAGGGCUUUUUGCGAGGGCCUAAAAUUGGAGUGUAUGGCUAAGGACUACCAGUUUAUGUGGAGGUUUUACCUGUAG